AUGGCGGAUACUAGUCGCCCUGAAGGAUAUAUAAAUAAAAUAAAAUGUAAAACGUUAAUUACAUACGACUACGUCCUUCAACUUUCUAUUUCACCUUUUUGUGUUACAAUAUUUUUUAUUUUUAUUAUUACUUAUCAAAGGUGGAAAUCAGGUGUAGCUUCAACCCUGAACUACGUAUCUCUAGAUGACAACAGCACGAGUCCUUUACUGAUCCCUUAUCCUGAUUGGGAAACGAAUCUUUUGGACGAAGACGAUGAGAAAAAUUCUGAGAAACAAGUUUCCAUAUUCAGAAUUAAUAUUGAUAAGUGUGACAGGCUUUGGGCAGUGGAUACCGGUUUGGCCGAUAUAUUGGGUGAAGGGAAACAAAUCUCAUCACCCGCUAUUCUCGUAUACGAUCUCAACACCGACAAAUUGAUAAGGAAAUAUCAGCUGAAGAAGUCCGACCUUGAAAGCAAGUCUUUCUUCGCAAAUAUAGUAAUUGAUGCUGAACCUGACAACUGUGAUAAUGCAUUUGCUUAUAUUCCUGACCUCGGGGGCUACGGACUAGUUGUCUAUUCCUGGGCUAAAAACGACUCAUGGAGAAUACAUCACAAUUUUUUCCAUUUCGAACCCCUAUAUGGAGAUAUGACUGUUGGAGGGGUAAAUUUCCAAUGGACUGACGGAGUAUUUGGUUUAGCGUUGUCCGAUAAAAAAGAUAAUGGUUAUAAAACUCUUUAUUUUCACGCUCUGGCCAGUGUAAGAGAAUUUUCAGUGUCUACAGAAGUUUUGCAAAAUGAGACUGUUGCUACUGACCCCCACAAUUACUACCAAUUUAAGCUGGAAGGAUAUAAGGGCGAAAAAUCACAAUCAACGACCAGUGGUUUCGAUGGAAAAACUGACGUUCUUUUCUUAACUCAAAUAAGCAAAGAUGCAAUUGGAUGCUGGAACACCAAAAAGCCAUUGAACGAACAAAAUCUAGGAAUUGUAGCCCAAGACAAUGAGAAAUUAAUUUUCCCUAACGAUUUAACGAUUGAUCAGGAAAGAAAUUUGUGGGUAUUAUCUAAUAAAAUGGCAAAUUUCAUAUACAGAGGAUUAAAUACCGAUGAAAUUAAUUAUCGUGUUUUGAAAACUACAGUAGAUGAUGCAAUUUCAUCAAGUGCAGUGUGCCAGUCUUAAUUCUAAGUAUAAAAAUAUAGUUUAUAAAUUCCUUAUCCACUCUUGUAAGCACAAAUGCACAAAAAUAAAUUGUUUUCUGUA